AUGAGCUCUAUCAAGACUAGCCCUGUGAAGAAAGAAGCAACGCCAAACCCAUCGCCAACCAAAAGAGUCGAUGUGGCCAAAAAUGAAGCAAAAGAAGGAAAUGAGGUGGGUGAAGAAGGACUCGCUGCAGCUGACAUUGGGGACUUCGAUGAAGAUCCUUCUAUAUUAUCUGACCCAGAGGAUUAUCUAGAUGAGAAUGAGACUUUGGAUAUGAACCUUUCACGAGGAGAUCAAAAAGUAUGGUUAGUCAAAUUACCAAAAUACUUGAUGGAACAAUGGAGCAACCCCGAGAAUAUAAAGAGUGGCAAGCUACUAGGAAAUGUGAAAAUUAGAAAGGACAAUAAGGGCAAACUAGAUGUAAGGUUGGUCUUGGAUAAGAAAUUGCCAAGCAUACCACAGGAAUACGAUAUCAAGAUGUUAAAUACACAAGUACGGAACACAUAUGCAUUUACUGAAGAGAACCUUAAAAAGUUUAAACAAGAACUUACAGAAGUCAGUGGCAUGCCUACACAACCUGUGUUGAAAGAUGUUGACGAAAAGAAGAAGAAGAAAUUCCAACCAAGGCGGAAGUUCAAAUACUUUCGAGUACAGAAAAAUGGAGAGAAUGGUGGCGCUGGUCCUAUCCGAAAAUACAUUCCAUUUGUUAAAACCAUUCCUAAAAAGACAAGUCUUUUGGGUAAAGUCUGUCAUGAUUGUACUGUUGUGCCACUGAGAAAUGACAGUAGUUAUGCUGAGCUACUCAAGAAACGCGAGUCUCUAGUCAAGGCACCAGAGAGACCAAAAGUGACAUUGCUUAAUGAGAUUCCUGGUGUUAUUCAGUCCAAUGCUGGACCUUCAAUUAAAGGUAACAAUACAUCGGUAUUUUUGAAGUCUACGCAACCCAAGAGUAAAUCAGAAGGAAGGGCCAUCAGAAUGCCGAGAAAAGACCUUUUGGACCUUUUGUUUAGAUGUUUUGAGGAAUAUGAGUAUUGGUCAAUUAAAGGUUUGAAGGAGCGCACAAAGCAGCCGGAGUCGUACUUGAAGGAGUCGUUGGAGUCCAUAGCCACUUUAAUCAAGAAGGGUCCUUAUACUUCAAAAUGGGCUUUGAAAGCCGAGUACAAGAAGUUGAGAGAUGCAGAAAGGGCUGCUAGGUUGGGAUUGACCGAAGAGCAAGAUAAGGAAAAGGAAAAUGAAGAAGAAGAUGACGAUGAAGACAUGGAGGAUGUUAUAUAA